ACUACACAUUAUACAUGUCCCAGCUGGACAUAUUCAGUGGGUCCCACUUUCUUGUCCUUUGUUUGCACAAAUUACCAUUUCUGCCCCUCCUCUUUGUUUUCACAAUCCAAUCUGUACAACCAGAAGAAAUGCCGAAUUUUCUUCUGCAAAUUAUUGCUGCCCCUUCUAUCCUUCUUCUUCAUCGUUUGAUUUCUUCUUCUUGAAUUUUCUCUCAGGUGAAACAUGUAUAUUCAAGAAGGGAAUUAAUAAAAUUGUUAUUAUUUAAUAAAGAGCAAUAGUACAGAAUGUCUGCCUAUGGUCACGAAAUGGAGCGGGAAUUCUCUGCUCAAAGUCUUUUAACCACAGGGGGUUCAGAAAUGGGAAGCCAGUAUACAACCGAGGCAGGAAUUUACAUGUCAUCUUUUGCCGCUACGGUACUAAUUUCCGGUCUCGUCACACUCGGAAUAUCGAUAAUGUCACUACUCGUAGCAUUGACAGUGAUGUUAAAUUCGUGCGAAAAUAAGAAUUCUGGAGUUGUUGAAAUUUACAGAAACAGACAGAGCUACGAUUAUUGCAGGACAUUUGCUCACCAUGCAGAAAUAAACGGAUUAGGUUCCGACAUUUUCCCUCCAAUUUGUGAGGAUAUUAAUACGCAGUACAUCAACGAAGGUCUUUACACGAGAGACUUGAAAAUUGCGGUUGCCAUUGCUGAGGAUUUCUUCAGCACCGUCAGAUCGGAAAUGGACGGUCUAGAUCUUGUGUUGAUGGAUGCUGAUGACUUGUUAUCGGUGUCGGAAACUUUGGUGAAUGAAGAUAUCUUGCAUGAAAGCAACAAGGAUUCAAAUUAUUUGAGACAUUUAUUUACGAUGAAGUUGUACAUAAAACUCCAAUCCCUUCGGUGGAAAUUGAUUUUGUUUACGAGAAAACCCGAGAAACAGAGAAACGCUACCGUAGAGGAACUUGUAUCUACAGGAUGUAAUGGUUGGUCUUCACUUAUCAUGAGAAUGGAUAAUGAAAUGCAAGUGGAUUAUGAAGAGUUUUUAUCAAGACAAAGAAAUAUGCUGCAAAGAGAAGGGUUUCGAAUCAAAGGUGUGAUUAGCAGCCAGAUGGAUGCUCUGAGGGGUCCGUAUUUAGGCGAUCGGGUUUUCAAAAUUCCAAACCCUAUUUUCAGAUAGAGAGACGAAAAAUCAAAUUCAGAUGAGUGAAUCAUCGAGAGAAAUGUGUCGGGGGGUUUACCCCCGGCCAUCAUAGUUUUCGUAUCAAAUGUAUAUAUUGCCAAUUCAGGCAAUUCGUGUGAUCUGUUGUAACAAUAAUGUAAAUUAUGAUCGGAAUGUAAUUUCUUACAAUGAGUUUCAGAUAUAGGGAAGAAAAUACAUAUAGCACUGUAUAAAUGA